UCUAAUCAACACCGUUUCCCACAAUGCUCUGCGGCGCGCUGUCGGUGCUGUUUGUCCAGCCGUCGCUCCAACAAUGCAGCUUUUAAUGGUGCUGUGAGCGGUGUGAGCUGGAGGAAAAAAAAAAAAAAAACGCAGCAGCAGCGCCCGCAGGCUCGUCCGGAGACCGUAGUCGUACAACAUUCAAAAAACACAAGGCGACAUUUUCCCCACGCCUUUGACAAAGCUGCCGGGCGGCUCCGGCUCAGUUUUUCGGGACAUCUCGCACUCUUCUGCCGGGGUUCCUGUUUUGAGAAGAUCUCAGAAGCCCCAUUCGAGAGGAAUUCCUGACUAGGGGCCAGAAAAUGAGCACAUCCCAGAUAGAAGCAACUAGCCCACUGUGCUAUCUCACUGACCUGUGAGCAGCCAUGCCCUCUCUGCAUCACACAUCGAGGGGAACCCCUCUCCAGAGGCUGGAUUGUUUUCUGACAUAGAUUUGUAAGCAUAGCUGGACAAUAGAAAUGGCAUUGGUUUGUGUGGGCUAUAAGACAUCAGAGUACAUAUUAGAAUACAGGUGAGGCUGAACCUCGAGCCGAUAUCCACAGGACUCUUAAGAGGAGCGGAACAGCCUCAGAUGACCUUUUCAGAAGGACGGAGCUACAGCCCAGCUUUGAUGAUUUAGUAUCCAUCCCACUGCCUUGCUGACAAGGUCGUACCAUGGCUGCUGCUGAUCCCCAUAGCAACAGUUCCUUGGUGGGGCAAGGAGCAGACUGAGAGUCAACAAUGCAACGUAACGGUGGUGGGGUGGGUGCCGGUGGCCAGCCAUGGGUGUUGCGACGUGUGCGUCUCACCUGGCUCAGUUUCAUGCUCUUCUUCAUCCUGGUGUUCUUCCCACUCAUUGCCCACUACUACCUCACUACUAUAGAUGAAGCUGGGGGUCCUGAUAAGCGCAUCUUUGGGCCGCGGCCUGGUGGUGAACUGUGCGAGGCCAAACACGUGCAGGAUCUGUGCCGAAUCCGCGAGUCGGUCAGCGAGGAGCUGCUGCAACUGGAGGCCAAGAGGCAGGAGCUCAACGGCGAGAUCGCCCGACUCAACCUGCGCAUCGAGGCCUGCAAGCGCAGCAUUGACAGCGCCAAGCAGGAUCUGCUGCAGCUGAAGAAUGUUAUCAGCCAGACAGAGCAUUCCUAUAAAGAACUAAUGGCCCAGAACCAGCCCAAGCUAUCAUUGCCGGUCAGGCUGCUGCCGGACAAGGAGGACCCGGGACUGCCGCCGCCCAAGUCUGCACGCUCCUGCCGCCUACGCUCUUGCUUCGACUAUGCCCGCUGCCCUCUUACGUCUGGGUUUCCUGUUUAUGUCUAUGACACAGGCUCCUAUCAAUGGGCGGACUAUCUUGACCCCCUGGUGAAGCAGGCUUUUGCAGCGUCCGUUAAGAGCAACAUUUAUAUAACUGACAACCCCAACAUCGCCUGUCUGUAUUUGGUGCUGGUAGGCGAGCUACAGGAGUCCUCCUCCCCACUGCCAUCUCCUUCAGAGCUGGAGAAGCAACUUAAAGCUCUUCCCUACUGGAGAUCUGAUGGACACAAUCAUGUACUGGUGCAUCUCUCUAGAAAGUCCAUGACACAGAACUUCCUGUAUAAUGUGAGCACAGGGCGGGCAGCAGUCGCUCAGUCCACCUUCUUGGAGCAGCAGUACCGCGAGGGCUUUGACUUGGUCGUCUCCCCACUGGUUCAUGCCCUCUCAGAACCAAACUUUCUGGAAGUGCCCCCUCAAGUUCCUGUAAAGAGGAAAUACCUCUUCACCUUCCAGGGGGAGAGGGUGGAGUCACUGAGGAGCAGCUUACAGGAGGCGCCCCCUCAGUCUUUUGAGGAGGAAAUGGAAGGAGACCCACCAGCUGAUUACGACGAUCGCAUCAUCGGUACCUUAAAGGCGGUGCAGGACAGCCACUUGGAUCAGGUGCUGGUAGAGUUCACCUGCAAGAGCCCACGGCCAAGUUUGCCGACUGAGUGGGCUCUUUGUGGAGAGCGAGAGGACAGGCUGGAGGUGCUCAAAGCUUCAACGUUUGCCCUGGUGAUUGCUCCAGGGGAUGGACAGGUGGUGGCCUCAGCAGGCUGUGGGAUGAGGCUCUUUGAAGCCCUAGAGGUUGGGACCAUCCCAGUCGUGUUGGGGGACCACUCCAGACUACCUUAUCAUCAGUUCAUUCGAUGGAGUGAAGCCGCCAUUAUAGUCCCCAAGCCUCGUGUCACAGAGCUACACUUCCUGCUGCGCAGCCUAUCAGAUAAUGACAUGCUAGCUAUGAGGCGGCAGGGCCGCUUUCUGUGGGAGACCUACUUCUCCACCUCGGAGAAUGUUCUUAACACCCUCCUAGCCAGCAUCAGAACCAGCAUCCAGGUUCCUGCUGCACCCAUCAAAGAAGAGCCCGCCCACGAGAUUCCUCACAAAGCAGGGAAACUGGCAGGUACUGACGCCAACCUGGCUGACAACGGCGACCUGGAUUUGGGUCCUGUCGAGACAGAGCCCCCCUACGCAUCUCCACGCUUUCUCCGCAACUUCACAUACACAGCUGCAGACACCUAUAGGGCUUGGAACCGGGCCCCAGGGCCUUUCCAUCUGUUUCCUCACACUCCUCUGGACCCUGUGUUGCCCUCUGAAGCAAAAUUCCUUGGCUCAGGUACUGGUUUCAGGCCUAUUGGUGGUGGUACUGGAGGCUCGGGGAAGGAGUUUCAGGCAGCCCUAGGAGGAAACGUGCCCCGAGAACAAUUCACCGUGGUCAUGCUGACAUACGAGAGGGAGGAGGUGCUGAUGAACUCUCUGGAGAGGUUGAAUGGACUGCCGUACCUCAACAAAGUCGUGGUGGUGUGGAACUCGCCCAAGCCUCCUUCAGAUGACCUACUAUGGCCAGACAUCGGUCUGCCGAUUGUGGUUGUCCGAACAGAAAAGAACAGCCUGAACAACCGCUUCCUUCCCUGGGACGCAGUGGAGACCGAGGCCAUACUGUCUAUUGACGAUGACGCUCAUCUCCGCCACGAUGAGAUUAUGUUCGGGUUCAGAGUUUGGCGCGAGGCCAGAGAUCGUAUCGUUGGUUUCCCUGGGAGGUAUCACGCGUGGGACGUCAAUCACCAGUCCUGGCUCUACAACUCCAACUACUCCUGUGAGCUCUCCAUGGUGCUGACAGGAGCUGCUUUCUUCCACAAGUACUAUGCCUAUCUAUACUCCUACGUGAUGCCCCAGGCCAUCAGGGACAUGGUGGAUGAGUACAUAAACUGCGAGGACAUCGCCAUGAACUUCCUGGUCUCUCAUAUCACCCGCAAACCACCCAUCAAGGUAACGUCUCGUUGGACCUUCCGCUGCCCCGGCUGCCCUCAGGCCCUUUCACACGAUGACUCGCAUUUCCACGAGCGCCACAAGUGCAUCAACUUCUUCGUCAAGGUGUACGGCUACAUGCCGCUGCUGUACACGCAGUUCCGUGUGGACUCUGUGCUUUUUAAGACUCGUUUACCCCACGACAAGACCAAGUGCUUCAAGUUCAUCUAGCAUCGGGCUGAGCGGCCCAGCAAAGAGCCAAAAGCAGAGAGGAUUGAAGGACUGGAAGUAUUUAAAAGAACAGCAGCUCUCAGUGGGUAAAGAUGGAUGGGCUGCCAGAUAAAAGCACAGAAGGAAAGUUUUGGGUUAGGAUUUUGCCCGGGGGGAUAGACAAGUUAACCUUAAGAGCUGUUGGCUUGUGGUCUAAUCCAUAACUCUACUGAAAAUUUGAAGAGCGGAAGCUGAAAGGGACCACUGCCAACAAAAUGAGCCUUUUCAGUGGAUGUCACUGCUCCUUUUUCAUGUUCUUCAAUCAUGCUCAUCAACCACUACAGAUGUCAUUUGCACCUCUUAACGGCCUGCUGAGGAAAGAGAGGCGGUUGUACACAGUGUACAGAAACUCUCCCACGAUAAACCCUACCUGAUAACGGAGCUACCGGUUACUGAAUCACUGACAGACGUCGGGCUGCGUCUCCCAGCAGCCUGUUGACAGUUUCAGCCGGGAGAGCAAACGUGGCAUCGGCACACGGCUGUCACUGCGCUUUGUGUGUGUUUUCCAUUUUACACUUACAAACUGUACUUCUUGUACAUGUACGUGAGAGAAGCACUGAUGGUCAGAAGUAUUUUAUUGAACAGUCUUUCUUUUUUUUUUUUUUUUUUUUUUAAAUAACGUUUAAAUGUGUAAAUCUCUAUGUUGAACGAACAUUUUCCUGAAGCUCUGCCUGUGGGAGAUCAAACACGGACUUGUUCAUCUGAGAAUGAGACAGGACCUCAACUGAACAGUUAAAACAGGUUGGCUCAAUCAACGUUUAGUAGUGUUACGUGUUCAAGAAGGAAUUCACUUCAACGGUCACCAUAAUGCCUCGAAUUUGUCAUGAAAACCAGCCACCAUUUUGUCAUUUUGUUAUGCUUACAAGAUCCGCACUCUUUGAAGAGUGUGUGAAAUGGCCUGUUUUUUAUGCUGUAGGGUGUUUACUAAUGUUUGUAAAAUUGGUCCGAGGGUAAAGUAGUCCGGUUUAAAUGUAAUAAUAUUAACCAAUCAACGGUUACAAUGUCCCUUACUGAAGUGCAACAAAGUCAAGAACCACAUCGGCCAAAAUCAACAAAAAUAGGUUUGAAUGUCAAAUUCAGGUUGUAAUUAUAAAGAAAGUCUUCAGCGACGUUAAUUGUACUGUUAGGAUUACGGUAAAUUUAUUGUAAUUUUAGGUUUAGAGAGAAUAGUUUGACAGUUUGGGGAAGAAAUGUUGUUUUUGCUUUCUGGAGGAUCUGUCCAUUAAAUAUGAAGCUGUAGCCGCUUAGCUUAGCUUAGCAUAAAGACUGCUUACAGGUGGAAGCAACUAGCCUGGCUCUGUACAAAGGUAAUCUAUGAAGCUAGGCUCACUGAUCAACACAUGAUAUAUAAAACAACAAACAGUUUCCCUGUUUCCAGUUUUUGUGCUAAGCUAAGCUAACUGGCUCAGCCUCAUAUUUAAUAAAUACAAGAUGUUCUUAUUUAACUUUUUACCAUAGAGAAAAUAAUCAUAUUCCCUGACUUUUGAGCUAUUCCCUUUAAUAUAUUGCCAGUUCUGACUUUGCAAUAGAAUUAUUGAAGUACUAGAUAUGUUCUGCCAUGUUCAUGUCACCUUCCUGUAUAGAAACUUUCCCAGCUAAGACAAAAACGUCACUUUACAGUGUCGCCAUAUUGGUUUCACUUUGUUGUUGUUUUUUUUUUACCAUUGCUUGAUGAAUGUUUUCUUUGCCAAAUAGGUACGACGUCUGCUGCUUUACAGUAUAAGUUUCAGGGUGCACAGUGUGAAUGAUUGCUAAAGGGAUGCAAUCUGGUACACCUUUAUCCACUCUGCAUGGUACUUUACCAGGAGUCAAUCCAUUGGAAGCCCUUCCCAUCAUGUAUUAUAUACCCAAAGUCCUUUAUUUGACCUUGUCAGACUUAAUUCCUUUAAUCUGAACAAAAUAUUAACCUAAAAUGAUCCCUUUAAAAAUGUAUUAAGAUAAGUUUAGGACUUUUUCCCCCAAAGUAGGUUCUGUGAGGAUGCUUUUAUGAAACAAACACUCUCAUAAGUCCAUGGUUCCUGUAUAUUUAUUGAAUAUAUUAUUAAAAAAGAUUUUUUUUAAACUGAUAAUGACACAUUCAAUAAAAUGACAAGACAUUGUACUUUAUUAUUCCUAAUCACAAAGAGAUCCCAACUUGAUUGAGCCUUCUGCUUAUUUCAUUGCCAAGGAAAACUAGCUUGUGCCACUGAACGCUUGAGGGGGAAGUUAACUGACCUGAGAGCAGCACUCAGGCAGGCAAAUGUGUUUUAUAGAUGGCGAGAUGACCUGGUUCUCAGAAAGGUUGAGUUGUAGUAGAAUGUCAUAAACUGAGCCUCUGCAGCAAUCACUGGACGCGCAGUAAAGUAUCUUUUGAAGCCAAAUCCCGACCUGCUCCAGGUGGCUGCUACUACUCUCUGCCCCCUCCAGUGCAAUAUAAAAAUAUUUGAUUGGGCAUGUUUCGCUAAAAGGGAUAAAGGAAGAGCCAGAUUCCUAAUUACUCUGGUGUAAAAUGGCAACAUAGCUAAAACAAAUUCAAAUUGACUCUUCUGCUGCAGCAGACUUGAAAAACCCAGGCCUGGCUCCUAACCCGCCUCGUCACAUCUGAACACUUCUAUUGGCGCUCCAAGGGCCUCGUAAUUACCUGACUGACUAUCAACCUGUCCUCGGGGCAUAGUGUUGGAUGGGGUUGGCUGGUAUUUUGGAACCUCCCAUACCUCCAGUGCCUGGCUCCCCCCCCUCUAUGGUCCGUGGCACAGCUGGUUUUCCAUGGCCUAGAGCAGAAUACACUUUGUUGGAAGGCCGCAGUCGCUCUGCUAGGUGUAAGUUGUUGUGAAACUCUGUGCUCCUGGGGCUGAGCCGCAACUGUGGGCGAGGCUCCAGCCACUUGCAACGCUGCUUGAGCUGUACCAGACUGAUGACAGCAUCAAACAAACCAUUGAAGGCCAGAUAAAUGGAAAUAAAAACUCUCAACAUUGUUAAAACA